UUUUUCUUCUUGCGUUUCCCCUUCCACUUCAAAACCGCUGUGUGGGGGGAAGUUGUGUGACACACUGCCUGCGCUCCACAGUUACAGAUGCGCUCCACAGAUCGCUCGCUGUUAAUGUGAAAACAUCCAGAGACGAUGUGCAGGUUCAUGAAGAUGGCUGGUACCGCAGCUCACACUUGUGGAAGAUUCCUGGAUUACAGCAGAAAGACUUCUUUACUCCUCUGGGACUAGAGGUAGCGUUGCGGGUGACCGUGUCUCCUGUUAUGUUCAGCCUGCAGGUUUUAGUCCUUUAACACACUUUGCUGAGAUGAGUCCGUUCUACAUCGUGAUUGAAGUAGUAAUCGCUGUUCUCUCCAUAUCCGGCAACAUACUGGUGUGCUGGGCUGUGUCGAUCAACACCACUCUGAAGAACGCCACCAACUAUUUUCUGGUGUCUCUGGCCGUGGCGGAUAUUCUGGUCGGUUGCCUCGCCAUCCCUUUUGCCAUCACCAUAAGCGUUGGCAUCCGUCUGGACUUCUAUGGAUGCCUCUUCCUGGCCUGUUUUCUCUUGGUACUGACACAGAGCUCCAUCUUCAGCCUUCUGGCUAUUGCAAUUGACAGAUACCUGGCGGUGAAGAUUCCUCUGAGGUACAAGGAGUUGAUGACGGGAAAGGCUGCCAGAGAGAUCAUCGCAAUUUUAUGGAUCCUCUCCUUUGUCAUUGGUCUUAUCCCCUUCUUUGGCUGGAACUAUAAGUACUCGAGCUGCAGGAGCAACAGCUCUGCAGCGGAUAAUACUACGAACGCUGACCUUGUGGAGGGGCUAACAGGCGGAGGAAACUUACUACAAAGCUGCAGGCUCAGGUGCUUCUUUGAGAGUGUGGUGGACAUGCACUACAUGGUCUACUUUAAUUUCUUUGUCUGCGUGCUGCUGCCACUGCUCAUCAUGCUGGGCAUCUACCUGAAGAUCUUCACAGUGGCCAGGAAGCAGCUGAGACAGAUCGAGCUUAAAUGUGUGGGCAACGGGGACAGCCAUCACCAUGGGCUGCUGCAGAAGGAGAUCCGGGCCGCCAAGUCCCUCUCCAUCAUUGUGGGACUGUUCGCCAUCUGCUGGCUGCCCGUCCACAUCCUCAACUGCCUCACGCUGUUUUAUAAGGAGCUGUAUAAACCACCACUUGUCAUGUAUGUUGCCAUCAUUCUGAGUCAUGCCAACUCCGCGGUCAACCCCAUCAUCUAUGCUUACCGCAUCCAGGACUUCAGAAACACCUUCCGCAAGAUCCUGGCCCAACACUUCCUGUGCCGCAGGGAGGAGCUGUACCUCAGCUCCAACGGCAGCAGACACAACAGAGACCAGAUCCACAUGACCAUCGACCCUCUGCUAUAGAGAGAGUCGUGACUGGGGCGGAGUAUUAUCUGUCAACUCUGUUGUUUCAGUCUUGAAUUUCAUGUUCACUGAGGUUUAUAAUGUUUACAGAACAAGGGUAUGAUAUGUGAAGAUGAAUCGAUGUCAAAAGCGCCUUGAAUGUGGACAUUUAUUUAUAAAUCAGGGGUCAAGCAGUGAAAUGUUGAAUGGCGAGUCUUACGUAACUAUUGUAUUGUGAAGGAUUUCUGAUUUAAAAAACAUGUUGAAGCUAACUGGAUUUGUAGGACUGUGAACACGAUCCAAACUACAUUCUAUCAUGCUAUUUAUCAUUCUGAAUCCACCUUGUUUCAACUCCAAACACUCCUUUUUUUGCCCUGCUAUUUUAUAUUGUCACCAUUAAGUGCCAGUGUUUAUUAAUUUAUUUAUUACAAGAACGUAUCUUUUGAGAAUGUAAAGAUCAAAAAACUUGGUGUGGCUAGAUCUGUACUUGUGGACCUAGAGAGGUACAUUAGCAGUAGUCUGCAUCCGUGGUUAUUUUUGGCUCGGUGGCCCUUUAAUAUGAAUUCAUACUCAUGACCAUCACAGACUCAAUGUACAGACAUAAGUAAAGAUUUUCUUUAUCAGUAUAAC